CCAACAGCAGCUCAAGUUCUAACCCAACCCGCCAUGCCUCAACCUUCUUCUUCGUUAGAAUGCACAAGUCGAGGCCGGUAGCGGGUUUCCUUUUCCGAUACUCCAGGGCAAUUUCCGACCGUCACGCCGCUCUUUCAAGCCUUCGCAGCCACCACCAUCGCCGCUCUUUGCUCAGUCUCCUCCUCCUCCUGCCCUCUUCUUCUUCUGCUCUAUCUAAUGGGAGAGUGUUCGUUGCAAAGCGAGGCCUCUCCGGGUACGCCUACGAGCAGUUCUCCGACGACGAGUACGAGUGCGAUUCCGAGAACCAUACGGCAUCAUCUUCGGUGGCCAAUAUUGACGAGUGGAAAUGGAAACUCAGCCUGCUGCAGCGUAGCGAAAAGGAUCAAGAGAUUGUAUCGAAAGAUAAGAGAGAUAGGAGAGACUAUGAGCAGAUCUCUAACCUUGCCAAAAGAAUGGGACUCUACAGUGAAAUUUAUGGUAAAGUGGUUGUUGCAAGCAAAGUUCCUCUCCCUAACUACAGGCCAGAUUUGGAUGACAAGCGGCCACAAAGGGAGGUGGUAAUCCCUCUAAGCUUGCAGAGGAGGGUCGAGGGUUUAUUACAGGAACACCUUGAUCGAGUCCAGUUAAGUUCUGGAAAGGUCAAUGAUGGUUUAGAUGAUGCUAAAUCCAAUGAUCAGGUUGAAGAUGUGCAUCUGGAUGAGAAUGCAGAUGCUUUCCUAGAUGGAUCCGUUAUGGAAAAGGUUCUUCAGAGGAGGAGUUUGCGAAUGCGCAAUAUGCAAAGAGCUUGGCAGGAAUCACCUGAAGGCAAGAAGAUGUUGGACUUCCGAAGAUCUCUACCGGCAUUCAAGGAGAAAGAAAGGCUGCUUCAAGCAAUAGCGCAAAAUCAGGUGAUAGUAAUUUCUGGGGAGACUGGAUGCGGUAAGACUACUCAACUUCCACAAUACAUAUUAGAGUCAGAAAUAGAAUCUGGUCGUGGAGCAUUUUGUAGCAUAAUCUGUACACAGCCUCGAAGAAUAUCUGCCAUGUCUGUAGCAGAAAGAGUGUCUGCGGAGAAAGGAGAGCCUCUUGGUGAAACAGUUGGCUAUAAAGUUCGAUUAGAGGGAAUGAAAGGAAAAAACACCCAUCUGCUUUUUUGUACCAGUGGUAUUUUACUUCGGCGGUUGUUGAGUGAUCGUGACCUGAAUGGUAUAACCCAUGUUUUUGUUGAUGAAAUUCAUGAGCGAGGCAUGAAUGAAGACUUCCUAUUGAUUGUGUUGAAGGAUCUUCUUCCACGUCGUCGGGAUUUGCGAUUGGUCUUAAUGAGUGCCACCCUGAAUGCUGACCUGUUUUCCAGUUAUUUUGAAGGAGCACCAACAUUUCACAUUCCCGGCUUUACACAUCCAGUGACAGCACACUUUUUAGAAGAUGUACUUGAAAAGACAGGGUAUAAGUUGACCUCUUUCAACCAAAUCGAUGAUUACGGCCAAGAGAAAUUGUGGAAAACACAAAAGCAAUUAAUGCCACGGAAAAGGAAAAACCAGAUUACUGCUCUUGUUGAGGAUGCUCUUAGUAAAUCAAGCUUCGAGAAUUACAGCUCCAGGGCACGAGAUUCUCUAGCAUGUUGGAUGCCUGAUUGCAUAGGAUUUAAUCUUAUUGAGGCAGUUUUGUGUCAUAUAUGUCGGAAGGAACGGCCAGGUGCUGUCUUAGUAUUCAUGACUGGCUGGGAAGAUAUUAGCUGUUUGAGAGAUCAGCUUAAAGCUCAUCCCCUGUUAGGAGAUCCCAACAGGGUUCUGCUACUAACAUGCCAUGGGUCGAUGGCAACAUCUGAACAGAAACUUAUAUUUGAGAAUCCACCACCAAAUGUCCGUAAAAUAGUUCUUGCUACAAAUAUGGCAGAGGCAAGCAUUACAAUCAAUGAUAUAGUUUUUGUGGUUGAUUGUGGAAAGGCAAAAGAGACUACUUAUGAUGCUUUGAAUAAUACACCUUGUCUUCUACCUUCUUGGAUAUCACAAGCAUCUGCACGGCAAAGAAGGGGUAGGGCUGGUCGUGUGCAGCCAGGAGAAUGUUACCACCUUUACCCCAAAUGUGUGUAUGAAGCUUUCUCCGAAUAUCAACUUCCUGAACUUUUGAGAACUCCUUUGAACUCUCUCUGCUUGCAAAUUAAAAGUUUGCAGGUUGGAAGUAUAGGAAAUUUCUUGUCUUCUGCUCUGCAGCCACCAGAAUCACUGGCUGUACAAAACGCCAUUGAUUUUCUGAAAAAGAUUGGGUCACUAGAUGAGAACGAAAAUCUGACAAAUCUUGGAAAGUUUCUGUCCAUUCUUCCAGUGGAUCCAAAGCUUGGGAAAAUGCUAAUCAUGGGUGCUAUCUUUCGUUGCUUUGAUCCUGUUCUUACUAUAGUAUCUGGGCUUAGUGUCAGGGAUCCUUUCCUUUUGCCCCAAGACAAAAAGGAUUUAGCAGGGACAGCAAAGUCUAGAUUUUCUGCAAAAGAUUACAGUGAUCAUAUGGCUCUGGUUCGUGCGUAUGAAGGAUGGAAAGAUGCAGAAAGAGAAGGAUCUGCAUACGAGUAUUGCUGGAGGAAUUUCCUCUCUGCCCAAACACUUCAGGCUAUCCAUUCUCUUCGGAAGCAGUUUAGCUUCAUUUUGAGAGAUUCUGGCUUGGUGGAUGCAGAUGCAAGCAAUAACAACAGACUAAGUCACAACCAGUCAUUGGUUCGUGCAAUUAUAUGUUCUGGCCUCUUCCCUGGCAUAGCAUCUGUAGUGCACAGAGAGACGUCCAUGUCUUUCAAAACGAUGGAUGAUGGCCAGGUUUUACUCUAUGCGAAUUCUGUCAAUGCUCGUUACCAGACAAUUUCUUAUCCUUGGCUAGUCUUUGGUGAAAAAGUGAAGGUGAAUACAGUUUUCAUACGUGAUUCCACUGGCGUGUCUGAUUCAAUACUGAUCCUUUUUGGUGGUGCUCUCAGCAAAGGUGUACAGGCUGGGCAUUUGAAAAUGUUACAAGGGUAUGUCGACUUUUUCAUGGAUCCUAAUUUGGCGGAAUGUUACUCGAAGCUCAAGGAAGAACUUGAUAGGCUUGUACAGAAGAAGCUUGAAGAUCCUAGCCUUGACAUGCAUAAGGAGGGGAAGUACCUUAUGCUUGCGGUACAAGAGCUUGUGUCAGGGGACCAAUGUGAAGGGAGAUUUGUAUUUGGCCGUGAAAGCAAGAAGCCUAAGGAGUCCAAUGACAGCAGGUUCACAAAAGAUGGAACAAACCCCAAGAGCUUGCUACAAACACUGUUGAUGAGAGCAGGGCACUCUCCUCCUAAAUACAAAACCAAGCACCUUAAGACAAACGAGUUUAGGGCUCUGGUGGAGUUCAAGGGAAUGCAAUUCGUAGGGAAACCCAAGAAAAACAAGCAGCUUGCAGAGAGGGAUGCUGCUAUAGAGGCAUUGGCCUGGUUGACUCACACUUCUGACAACAGAAGGGACGAAGACGAUAACUCUCCGCCCGAUGUCACUGACAACAUGUUGAAACUUCUUGGAAAACGGAGGAGAUCAAAGCGCCGAUAACUCCCUGCCUGAUGUCACUGACAACAUGUUGAAACUUCUUGGAAAAUGGAGAAGAUCAAAGCGCCGCUCCAGUUGAUUAUAUUUGAGCUGUUGCCUACAACCAUUUUUUCUCAUGGCCUCCUGCAGUGAAUGAAUUUGUUAGCAUUAAUGCAGUUGCUGGCCUUUUUGCAUGAAAUUAUGGAGGCAGGUGUUCUUCCUCAUUACUCAUUAGUAUAUUAUAACAAUUUGCAUCCGGUUGAGGAGUUGAAAUGUGAUUCUCCCAAUGAGAUAUAAUGUCCAUGUACUGGUAGAGUGGGAUGGCGAGGUUGUAAAAUUUGGGAUUUUUUUGCCCUUAUUUUUAUUUUUAUUUUUAUUUUGGCUUGGAAGGGGAAUUUUGAGAUAGUGAAAAUACAGUUCAUUUGUCAAUUUUUGCAAUUACUUAGCUACUUGUAGUCAGAGAAAUUGAAUGGCAUUAAUUUAUUUAAAUUUAUGAUUUAUUUGUAAUUACAAAUUUUCUUGUUAUAUGCA